GGAAAAAAGAGAAAAACCGCCAAAAGAAAUUCAAAUAUCCACCAGUUUAUUUUCUGUUCUUUGAUCGGAUUAACAAAAUUGUCUCUCUUUUAAUUGUUUACUAAACGUGUUUUAAUUAGUUUAAUUAAUUUUUUCUUCUUCAAUUAAAUUACCAGAUUGGUGUUUUACCUUUAGGUUACUUGGAUCUUUUCAUCUACCUUUGGUUUACCGAUUGUUUUGUCUCCAUUCUGUUUGGGUGGUUUGCCUAUUGUUACCAAGCGUUGGAAUAUAAUUUUCUUCAUUGUUUAUUAUUUGAUCUUUGAUUUUAAUCACUUUUCGUGCCAAUUAUAGUUUAAUAUUCCAAAUCUUGAUAGCCUAAAUCAAUAUGGAUACUAAUCAGCCGAGUGUUUUCAAUCCUAAAAUGUUCAAUGAUGAAAGAGAUCAAGUUCUUGGACUAUUUAAUAAACUACAAGCUUAUUGGGGAACUGGUAAAGCUUUUUACAUGCAAGGUCAAGCUCCAAUUGACCUGAAUCAACAUCAACCCAACCAUAGAUUUAAAGCUAUUGGAUAUUCAAAGAUUAAAUCUGAAGAAAGUAAUGAAUUCAAAUUUGGUGUGGUGAUCAGUAUGGAAGGAGGUGAAAGUCAAAUGAAUACUGCGAUUCUACAAUAUGAGAAUAAUUUAAAAGGUAUUUUCGGUCAAACCUAUGGACCUAAAGUUGAGGCUACCAAAAUAUUACCUGAUAAUAAGGCGAUGCUAAUGAUCACAGUUACCGAUAUGUCGACCAACCUUAAAUUACCAGCUAGACAAAUUAUACUUUUCCUUAAUCAGAUGAAUGUUAAAAUGCAGCUACCCAAUGUUUUCCAGAAUAAAUUCUGUCAGUUGGUACCUUUACACCCUCCCUCGAAACAAGAAAUCGACGAAUAUCUGAAAGUUGUACCCGCUGGUAUUGAUGAGCUUCUUUGGAAUCAAGCAAAACUUAACAAUCCUGAUGCUGAGAAAUUUAUUCCAGUUCCAUUGAUUGGAUUUGCCGCUCUUAAUGAACGUUUUAAAUUACAAGAGCAAGAAGUUCAUCAACAACGGAUACAAUUAAAGUUAAUCAUGGAUGAGAUAGAAAAUAUAACCAAAAGUAUCGCUGUGAUGAAAGUUCUAAUCGAAGAAUGUAAACGAAAAAAUGUUCUACUCUCCAAUCGAGUUUUAUCUCUAAUGGUUCAUCAGAUGAUUAAAAGACGACGGUUUUAUCCUGUUCAAGCUCAUGAAGAUCAAUUAAGAGCUAAACUUGAAGACCUGCAGCGUGACAUAAAUGAACAGGGAAAAUUAAAGGCCAAUCUUAAUGAUUUAAUGUUGAAGUUAAAGCAACUCCAAAAUCAUCAGAUUACUCCCUCAUUCUCAAUUGAUGAAAAUCUUCUUAAAGAUGUUAAAUUUCACCUUUCACAGGAACAGGAAGCUAUUCAACAUCUCCUUGGAAUAGUUAAAAGUUUACCCAAAAAAACGCAAACAUAAAUUUCCAACAUCAUGUUAAUCUCCCUGCCCUUGUUUUCCAAUUAUGAUGAUCGUUAAUCAUCUCCGAUCCAUUGACUGUUCAUGUUGUAAACAAAAAACGAAAAAAAAAACUUGCUAUUAUUAAUUUCUAA